CCCUAAUCCCCGUUCUCCUUCUUCAGUGUGAGCGAGCUUAUAUUGUGCAAUUAUGCCAAACCCUAAGGUCUUCUUUGACAUGGCCAUCGGUGGCCAACCCGCCGGCCGUAUCGUCUUCGAGCUCUUCGCUGAUGUUACCCCUCGCACCGCUGAGAACUUCCGUGCCCUCUGCACCGGUGAGAAGGGGGCUGGCCGCAGCGGCAAGCCUCUUCACUACAAGGGCUCAACCUUCCACCGUGUGAUCCCUAACUUCAUGUGCCAGGGGGGUGACUUCACUGCCGGGAACGGCACCGGCGGUGAAUCGAUUUACGGCGCCAAGUUCGCUGACGAGAACUUUGUGAAGAAGCACACCGGCCCCGGCGUGUUGUCGAUGGCGAAUGCUGGCCCUGGCACGAACGGAUCUCAGUUCUUCAUCUGCACGACGAAGACGGAGUGGCUCGACGGAAAGCACGUGGUGUUCGGCCAGGUGGUUGAUGGAAUAGACGUGGUGAGGGAGAUCGAGAAGGUUGGAUCAAACACCGGCAAGACCUCCCGGCCGGUGACGGUCGCCGACUGUGGUCAACUCUCUUAGAUGGACGACGUUGACCAUAAGGCUCUGUGUUCUGGUGGCUCUGAAAUCUGUGUCUUCUAUUCGGUGUCGUUUUGCAUUUUCUCUUGUCGUCUUUAGGGAUUGUGGUGUGACGCAUCGUAUGGAACCCUUCCCUUUUCAUUUGUGUCAGUAUGUGGUUCAUAGAGUGGAGUCUGUUAUAACAAACAUAAAAAUGAUGAGCUACCUUCAAUAAUAAAAUUAGGAUUAUUCGCGUAAUAAUUUUUCAUUUUCGAUCCAUGUGUCUUUCUAAUUAUUUAAUUAAUAGCCACUUUAAUCGAUAAUUUAAACCAAAAACAUAUAAGUGAGAUUCACGCGCACCAGGCGUCCCAGAAAUUUUGUAUUUCAGUUUUUAUAUAUCUUCUAUGUUCUACUAAAGUUUAUAUUAUUGGCGAUUUGUGAUGCAAGUCCACCUGGUUUGUUCUUUUGUCUUUUGACGCGACAAGGGAGGUUGUUGAUUCAGUGUAUUGAUGGAGAUGACACGUGCUAGUGUCUGGCUACAUAGUCGUGUCAAGAUUAUGUGAACCUAGAGCAUGGAACAGUUCAAAAUAUCUGGUACCACGAAUAGAUAAUGAUAUAAAAUAAUAACUUCGAUGAAAUUGAAAACAGAAGGGGACGUGGCGCCCCACCACAGCACUUUUCCUUGCGUGAGCUUUUUAUGAUUGGUAGUUUUGUUAUUGAUAUGGGACAUGGGUGCACAGAAGAAAGUACUCAUUUCUAAUGCUUGGUUAUAUAUAUAGCUUUGCAAUUCAUUAAAUAUUAGUAUUCCUGAUAUUCCUAAUUUGAGUUUAGUCAUGAAUCUUUUGGAAACAUGUUUGCAUGUGAUUACAUACGAAAUGCUUGUGCAUAGUCUAUACCCAGCUUAUUUAGAGGAAUAACAAGGAUAUAUUAACCCUUGGUUUGAAAAUGAAUGAAACAAAAUGGUAAACCUGUAAUGAAACCCGCUGUCCCCUUGAAUCGAAACAGUUUCUGUUUCCAAUAGGUCAUUAUUAACUAUCCAAGUUCUCCUUUUGUAAUUAGGUACAGUUUGUACCGCUGUAAGUUAAGACAUGUAAUAUCACACAAUGAUUAUAUCAGCUUUGCCCUGUU